AAUUUUGGACUGGUAAAUAGUCACACAACCCCCAAAGCAAAUUCAAUUAAUUUACAGUGAAGGUUGAGAAAGAGGAACGCUUUCGACUUCCUUCAUCCCUGCGGUUGCAUCUUCAUCUUCGCCAUCGCCUUCAAAUUCUGGAGAUUUUGUCGGUUUUCAGUUCCCCCUUCUAUUUCUGAGAACCCCAAUUUUCUGCCUGUUGUUUGGUUGCCGAGAAAAUUUACAGCGAUGAGGCCUUUAUUCAUGUGGGAGGAGAAGAACCGGAGAAUUUGCAGUUAUUAACGUUGUUUUAUAGGUUUAACUUAGGCUGGUCGGAUCGGUUUUGUAGCAGGUCUUAGAUUAUAGAACCAAGAAAGGGUAUUGGCCCAUGAAUUUUUGAAAGUACUGAUUCAUUGGGUUGGAACCUUUGUGAGGAAAUGCCUCGAAAAGUUAGUUAUGGAGUUGAUUAUGACGAAGAUUAUGAUGAUUAUGAUGAAUACGACUAUGACUAUGACUAUGAUGUAGAAGAAAAUGUGGAAGCUCCUCAAUCUCACCAGCAAACUACCAAGACUGGUGUAUGGCGAUGCUCUAUUUGUACUUAUGAUAAUGAAGAGGGCAUGUCUGCGUGUGAUAUUUGUGGGGUCGUUCGUAAUCCUUCAGUUAAUAAUCGCACCGAGAAUGAGAAGAGAACAGUUAAUGGCAUAUGCAAAGAUUCUGGAGUAUCCAUUAUGGCCAAGUCUCUUUUUGCAUCAUUGCCACAUCAAACAUCCCAAAAUGCUGUAGACUCUGAACAGCAGAAUGAUGAUUCUGUGAUGAAAGAGGGUUCUAACUUCCACCUGCUUGGCAAUACCCAAGGACAAGUUCAUGAAUUUGUUAAGGCUUUUAGUUCUUGUAGCCUUUCCCGAGUUAAUAUAGUUCCUUUCAAGUUUGACACUCCAUCCCCGGAUGAUGUGGUUUCUAAUGGACUGUAUUCCACCAAAAUAGGUCCAAAAGCUAACUUUCUCGUCUCUCGCUCUUCAAAAAGUUCCUCAACUGUAACUGGGAGAAAAGGGGGAGUUCCCGUACAAUCAAGUGUCAACAGUUCAGAAAGUUCUCAACAAGAUAGCCUGGAAAAAAGUGGUGUUUCAAAGAAUGCAGUAGGGAAUACGAGAUCAACAUCUACAACUUCAGAUAGGUCUUCUGCAUCUAAGGCUAGAGGCCAAUCUGAUAAUAUUGAUGAAAGCAAUAAUCCAGUUAACAUAAAAUCAAGCGAUAAGAACUCAUCUUCGUUGAUGGAAAAAGGAAAAUUUGCUGUGGAUGGUAGCAGUGCUUUGAUGAAUGGUUAUGAGACAAAUAGUGUUACAAGUGAUUUGAACAACAUUUCUUUGACUGUUAAAUCUGGAAAUGAAAUUGAUAUUCGUGCUGCAAGAGCUAACUCAACUGUGAAAUAUAAACCUGAGAAGUGGAUGCUCCCUGAAAAAGCAGAAAAUAUGUUGAUUCAACUAAAUCUUGCAAUUGUUGGCCAUGUUGACUCAGGAAAAUCAACACUCUCAGGUAGAUUGCUGCAUCUUUUGGGACGAAUAUCCCAAAAAGAAAUGCACAAAUAUGAAAAAGAGGCCAAAUUACAGGGAAAGGGGUCCUUUGCUUAUGCUUGGGCAUUGGAUGAGAGUGCGGAAGAAAGGGAAAGGGGAAUAACCAUGACUGUAGCUGUGGCCUAUUUUGACUCGAAAAGAUACAAUGUUGUUAUCCUUGACUCCCCAGGGCACAAAGAUUUUGUUCCAAAUCUGAUCUCUGGAGCAACUCAAGCUGAUGCUGCAAUUCUUGUCAUAGAUGCCUCUAUAGGUUCAUUUGAAGCUGGUAUGGACAGCAAAAAGGGCCAGACAAGGGAGCAUGCACAGCUAAUCAGGAGUUUUGGUGUCGAUCAAAUUAUAAUUGCGGUUAACAAAAUGGAUGCUGUAAGGUACUCAAAGGAUCGAUUUGAUUUUAUCCAGUCGCAGCUGGGGACAUUUCUCCGUACAUGUAAUUUUAAGGAUUCUUCUGUCUCAUGGAUUCCACUGAGUGCUAUGGAAAAUCAAAAUUUGGUUGCAGCUCCUUCUGAUGUUUGUCUAUCAUCCUGGUAUCGGGGUCCAUGUCUUUUGGAUGCAAUUGACUCUCUCCAACCUCCCACUAGAGAUUUCUCAAAGCCUCUAAUUAUGCCCAUAUGUGAUGUUGUGAAACUGUCUUCACAAGGUCAAGUGUCUGCCUGUGGUAAACUGGAGGCUGGAGCUCUUCGAAGUGGAUCAAAGGUUAUAGUUCUGCCUUCCGCAAAUAUAGCAACAGUGCGUUCAUUAGAGAGUGGCUCCCAGGGUUGUGCAAUUGCUAGGGCAGGAGACAACGUGGCUGUGAAUUUGCAAGGGAUUGAUGGAAAUCAUGUGAUGGCAGGGGGUGUGCUAUGUCACCCUGAUUUUCCAGUUGCAGUAACAAAACAUUUGGAGUUGAAGGUGCUUGUCUUGGAUGGUGCAACUCCAAUUUUAAUUGGCUCUCAGUUGGAAUUUCAUGUACACCAUGCAAAGGAGGCUGCAAGGGUGGUAAAGAUUUUAUCAUUACUUGAUUCAAAGACUGGCAAGGUCACAAAGAAGGCACCACGUUGUCUUACUUCUAAGCAGAAUGCAGUUAUUGAGGUGGUUCUGCAUGCCCCAGUUUGUGUGGAAGAGUUCUCAAGAUGCAAAGCUCUUGGAAGGGUUUCUCUAAGAUCACUCGGAAGAACAAUUGCCUUGGGUGUUGUAUCCAGAAUUAUCGAUGAGCAGCAGUAGUUUUGUGAUUUUGCUAGCAUUUGCGUCAAAUUUUCAACAAAUAACACCUCCAUGAUCUUGGUUGGCAACAAUUUCCUUAGCGGCACUUAGUAGUAUUCAUGUAACUUGGAGAAGAUGCUUUCCUAUAAAACAGCAUUGAAAGACCAUCUUUUAGGCUGCUGAUGCAUCAUAGUCACAGAACCCUUGAGCCUUUAAUAUGUACUUUUGGGUACUAGAUACAUAGCAUGUAAAAUUUUCUUCAUUCUUUAUUAUGCAAACUUGUAAAAUUCUUCCAAAUCAAAGUAUUUUCUUUGUGAACCCUAAUCGGUGACUUAUGUGGUCAUUGCGUGAUGUUCCACUUACACCGUAAGAGUUCAACCUCCCAUGUUUCUUAUUUCCCCUCUCCUUUCCUCAAUUCUCUACUACCAAAAAAAAAGGCAUCUUUUUCGC